CAGACUCCUCAAAGCCUUCACCCCACAUUGAAUGAUGCAGAAGGAAAGUUUGCAAAUGGCUAAAGUGUGAGGAUGUAAUUAUUGCUUUUAUAUUUCACUGAACUGAGGGAUCAAGCUGGAAAUCUAAUGCGAGUACAACUUUUAUAGUUAAUAUGGUUCAGCUUUAGAAGCUGGAUACAUUGUUCUGCGGCACCUUAAGGCAUUGUGUAUGCUGGAAAAAUACCAAACCUGUAUUCCAGCACCAAUGCUGGCAAUUGUGUAAGCACUAGUGUGAUCUGGGUGCUGGCAUUUUUACCACUUUAUCAUGAAAACUUCUUGUGACCAGGGUAGUAAAAACACCAGUGCCUUGUCUGCAUAGCACUGAGCACCAGCAGCACAUUGCCAGAAUAAGGGUAUACAUUUUUCUGGUGCAGACCCACUCUUAAUGGAAAGACAUGAAAAUUAAGCAGAACUGGGCAGAAGGAGAGGGAGAAUAGGGCAAAGAGAAGGGAUUAAGAAAACAGGCAAUUUUGAAAUACCUUGGAAAGAUAAUGGGGUAUGGAAACUACUGCGGGCUGAAAAGAGUAACAAUGCUUAAUGUCUUGGAUUAGUUGUUGGAAAUGAAUCUUGGGUAAUAGAUCAAGGCUUAAGGAGGCUGCUAUCUCUUUAAAUGGAAGGAGCUGGUCAGGUGCACUGAAACAGGAAGGGUUUGUUCAAAGCAAACAAACAAUGAAGGAUCAGAGAAGUGGGAAGAGGGAAAGCAUUCUAUAUAGCUGCAAACAGGACGGUGUAGCUUCUCCUUUUGGUACUUUCUUCGGCUUUUACUGUAUGACACAGCUUUUACUUAGACGUUUAUCGUGGUGAAGUCCUCUUUCCUAAGAACAAACCAGCAGGAAAAGAGAGGGGAAACCAAAAAAGUGGAAACUUUCCCAAAGCAGAUAUUGUGGGCCGGAGUCUGAUAGAACAAUGAGAGAUCCCCUUCCCAGUUGGGCCUGCUUGUCUUUCAGCCUGUUGACCUUCUCCUUGCUUUGUGUAACAGCUGAGAACCAAUGUAAGAUUAGAAAUCAAGUGGCUGACUGCAGUCAUCUAAAGCUGAAACAAAUUCCUUCAGAUCUCCCAAUUAAUAUAACAGCGUUGGACAUUUCUCAUAACCAGCUAAACAAGCUACCACCUGCAAAUUUAACAAAGUACAGCCAGCUUAUUUACUUGGAUGCAGGAUCCAACACCCUCUCUAAACUUCAGCCAGAACUGUGCCAAACUUUGCCCCUGUUAAAAGUUUUGAAACUGCAACAUAAUCAGUUGCAUGAGCUCACUGACAAUGUUUUUGCUUCCUGUUCCAGCCUGACUGAGCUCAAUUUAGGGUACAACAUAAUAGAGAUCAAAAGCAAUCCUUUCAAAAACCUAAAGAACUUGAACAUACUUGAUGUAUCCCAUAAUCGUUUGCUUUCUACAAAAUUAGGAUCCCAGCCACAGUUGGAGAGCCUUCGUGAGCUUGUGCUGUCGGAGAAUAAAAUCUCUGAGUUAAAAAAGGAAGAACUAGAUUUUCUUAGCAACACUUCCUUAAAUAGGCUUGACUUAUCAUCAAACCCACUGAAAGAGUUUCACACAGGCUGUUUACAUGCAAUUGGAAAUCUGUAUGGCCUUGUGCUGAACAAUGUUGAGCUCAAGGAAAAUCACACAGAGAAACUUUGCUUGGAAUUAUCAGGCACAAGAAUUCUGAAUCUGUCACUGAGCCAGAUCCAGCUCUCUUUUAUUCACAAGUCAACCUUCCACGGACUGCAAACAACAAAUCUCACAGCUUUAAACCUUUCCAGAAAUAAUUUGAACAUGAUAGAAAAUGACUCUUUUAUCUGGCUUUCAAGCUUAGAGACUAUAAACCUAGAGGAUAAUGGGAUUUAUCACUUAUUUUCUCAUUCAUUGUAUGGAUUAUCCAAUGUCAAAUAUUUGAAUCUGAGAAGAUCACGUGUCAGAAAAAUUGAUGAUUUCUCCUUUCGUUGGCUAACCCAUUUAGAGUAUCUUCUUAUAGAUAGUAAUAGUUUUCAAGAAAUUACUCCUAAUAUGUUCACAGGCUUGGACAAUCUGAAAUAUUUGAGUCUAUGUAACUGGACCAAUAGCUUACUAAUAACUAAUAAAACAUUUUCAUCACUUGCUAAUUCUACUCUGCAGUUUCUUAAUCUUACAAAGAGUAGAAUCACAAAAAUAGAAAGUGGAGCAUUUUCUUGGUUGGGACACCUAAAAAUUCUUGAUUUGGGACUCAAUGAAAUAAACCAGGUGCUCACAGGUCAUGAGUUUAAAGGUCUGCAAAAUAUUGAGGAUAUCUACCUUUCCUACAACAAAGAGUUGACUUUGACAAGCAAAUCAUUUGCUUUUGUUCCAAACCUUAGAAAACUGAUGCUACGAAAGGUAGCUUGUAGCAAUCUGGACCUCUCUCCUUCACCUUUUCACCCUCUACGGAAUCUAACCAUCCUGGAUAUCAGCAACAACAAUCUAGCUAACGUAAAAGAUGAUUUGUUUGAUGGACUUCACAAACUUGAAAUUCUGGAUUUGCAACAUAAUAAUUUGGCUCGACUUUGGAAACAUGCCAAUCCAGGUGGCCCUGUCCUUUUUUUAAAAGAUCUUCUUAACCUGCAUAUACUUAAUUUGAAGUCUAAUGGCUUGGAUGAGAUUCCAGUACAAGUUUUCAAGGGCUUGUUUCAAUUAAGAAGCCUGGAUUUAGGAUCAAAUAAUUUGAACUUGCUUCCAGCAUCUUUGUUUGAUGACCAGAUAUCUCUGAAUUCAUUAAUCCUUCAGAAAAAUCUUAUAACAUCUGUUGAAGAAAAAGUGUUUGGGACAGCUUUCAAGAAUCUGAAAGAACUAGAGAUGGAUUCCAAUCCUUUUGACUGCACCUGUGACAGUAUCUCCUGGUUUGUUAAUUGGCUUAGUGUGACUCAAACAAACAUACCUGGAUUAGAUACUCAUUACCUUUGCAACACCCCACCUAAAUAUCAUAGUACUCUGGUGAUGUAUUUUGACAUUUCACCCUGCAAAGAUAGUGCCCCUUUUCAAUUACUGUAUAUAAUAAGCACCACUGUGAUAAUGCUCUUCAUCUUUAUUGUCAUUCUUAUCCAUUUUGAAGGCUGGAGGAUAGCAUUUUACUGGAAUGUGUCAGUAAAUCGAGUACUUGGUUUUACAGAAAUAGACAGGCAACAGGAAGAGUUUGAUUAUGAUGCCUACAUUAUUCAUGCAAGAAGGGACAGGAAUUGGGUGUCCAAGAACUUCAUUCCUCUGGAAGAAAAUGAUCAACUUCAAAUUAGGUUUUGUUUAGAGGAACGAGACUUUGAAGCAGGCAUAUCUGAAUUUGAAGCCACUAUUAAUAGUAUAAAAAGAAGUCGGAAGAUUAUCUUUGUUGUCACUGACCAUCUCUUAAAAGAUCCCUGGUGCAAAAAGUUCAAGGUGUACCAUGCUGUUCAGCAAGCUAUUGAGCAAAGUCGGGAUUCCAUCAUACUGAUCUUUCUUCAUGACAUUCCAGAUUACAAACUGAAUCAUGCACUUUGCUUGAGAAGAGGAAUGUUCAAAUCUCGUUGCAUCUUGGAUUGGCCAGCUCAGAAAGAACGGGUCAAUACAUUUCAUCAGCAAUUAAAAAUGGCACUUAAAUCUAGCAGCAACAUACAUUGAAUUUCUAAAGUAUAAGAUCGAACUUUUAGGACACUUCAUUUCAGACUGACUAAAGGACAAUAGUCCUUGUGGGGAAAAAUUAAACCAAUCCACAGCAACUUCUCUGUUUUUCCUAUUAUGCAUUUUUAAUUGGUAAUUGUUCUUAUCCUUUGUAUAUUGUUUCACCUGUGUUCUGAGUUCAUAAAAUGGUCAUGAUCGAUACACAAAAUAAGACCAACAACUCUUUCAAUCUGUGACCAAAAAGAAUCAGUCUAUUUAAAAUAGAGCAGAAAUAGAGUGAAGAAAGGGGUGGUGAGAAUGAGUAGGGACAAGGUAAAUUUCCACAUGAAAGAGUGCUGAAAGACUGGAGGGAAUAAUGAGAGGAAAUG